GCCAUCACAUUUUUCUGUCGAACCGCUCGGACGUGUGUGGAGGAUAAAUUUGGCAAAAACAAUUAUGCGGGGAUCUACCGCUUAGCAUCGACCCGUGGUCGCGCGAUUUAUUAGUUUUUUUUUGAGAAUUAUAUUAAAUCAAAAGCAGAAAAAAACGUUGGAAAUUGCGCGUGUGCGGGUGGUGGAAGAACAGUGACAUUUUGUGGCGACCGUGUGAAAAUCGCCAAGAAAGAGGCAAAAUAAAGAGCAAAAAAGAAAAAGAAAACCGCCCGCGGCGAAAAUUGUUUCCCGUCGCUGAGCGUUUGCGUCUGUGUGUGUAUGUGACUGUUUUGUGCGUGCAUGUGUGUGCAAAACGUGAAAAAAUUGCAAUAUAAUAUUUGCACAAAAGUUAAAAUCAAACCAAAUAUAAAGAGAAGCUCCAGAAAUUACAAAAAAAAAAAUAAGAGUAUAUGUGGGCGAUAAAUGAUUGGGCGGCGGCAGGCAAAAGUCAAUCAACGAUAAGCGUCGCGUCGCUGAGGAGGAGGAGACGGAGAAGCGCUUAAACUGGACACAGGUAAGAAUUGAACCGCAUGUAGCGCGUAAUAACGGAGGCCAAAAACAAAAGGAACACCAAUUUUAACACCAUUGGAUUUUGAACAUGAAUAAAAAUGCCGGCGAUGGCAGCGGCAACGACGGCAAAAACUCAAACAAUCAUGGCAAGGGCGGUGGUGGCUCCAACGCGGGUGGGGGCGCCGGAGCCGGCAAUCCGCACGAUCCCACCGGACUCCUAGAUGCCGCCUCGCUAUUCGCUUAUUGGGGCCGUGAUCCCACUGGAGCUGCGGCGGCAGCCGCCUCCAAUCCGCUGUUCAACUCACAAUUCAAUGCAGCCGCCGCAGCUGGCCUGGGCCUCCUUCCGCAAACGGGAGGCGGUUCUGCCAAUGACCGCUACUCGAUGGCCGCUGCAGCGGCGGCGGCGGCCGGCGCCCAUCAUCAUCAGAACACCAUGGCAGUGGCCGCUUCGCAGGCCGCCAGUCUGGCAGGUCUGCAUCCAGCAAGCUGGUGGUCGAUGGCGCAACUGGCGGCUCAGGACUACUUUAGUCGCCUGCAGGCGUCCGGCCUCUCACCAUUCCCGCAUCCAGACCUGGCGGCAGCCUUCGGGCCGGCGGCAAUGGGCAUGGGCGCCACAGGAGCAGGCGGAAAUGGUGCAGGCAGUGGCAGCGUAAUGGGUGCGGGUGCUGGCAGCGGAUCGGCUGUGGGUGGUGGCAAUGGCGGGGGCGGAGGAUCGUCCAGCUCCUCUGGCAGCAAGUCCAACAAGUCGCGCAAGGAGAAGCGGGCGGCCCAGCAGCAGCAGCAACAGCAGCAGCAGCAGCAGCAACAGCAGCAGAGCCUGGCCAACAGCCUGAAUGCGGCGGCGGCAGCGGCUGCAGCAGCUGCGGCCAACAAUCCGGCAGCAGCGCUCGCCAGCAUGCACGGAUUCGGUGUGCCGGGAUCGGUGGCCGUGAGCACGGGCAGCGGAUCGAUCUCCACCAGCAGCGGAGGCGGCCAUGGAGGAUACAAGAGCACGGCCAGUGCGUACGGGAAGCCUUCGACGAUGACGAGCAACAGCAUGGCGAGCAAUCCGAGCUCCGCGUACGAUCCUGUGACCCUGCACAAAGAGCUGAUGGCCAUGCAGGCGGUAGCAGCCGCCGCCUCGGGAUCGGGCGGAGGCUCCGGCAGCGGCUCGUCGGGCAAAAAGUCCGGCGGCGGCGGCAGUUCCUCCUCAAUGCACGGCCACGGACUCUCCGGCCUCGGCAUGGGCGGUGGAGGCAACGGCGGCAUCAUGUCCGGCAGCAAGGCAUCGUCCACGAAUGUCAGCUCCAGCAACGCGUCGCUGGGCGGCAUGCAUCCCAGCCUGGGCAGCGCCAAUCCGCUAAUGUCUCCCCAUGGCAUGGGCGGUGGAUCCUCGUCGUCGGCGGGGGCAUCGGGCAAGGACCGCGACAAGAACAAUCCCUCGCUGAAUGCCCUCAAUUCGUUGUCGCAGUUCGGGGCCCUGGGCAUGACGCCGCAGCAGAGCAUGCAGGCGGCGAUGAAUGCGUUUGCGGCCAGCACGGGAGUGGUGCCCAGUGCCACAGUCACGUCGUCGUCGCAGCAUCACAGUUCCUCCCAGCAGCAGCAGCAGCAACAGCAGCAGCAGCAGCAACAGGCGGGAAUCAGUUCAACGGGUGGAUCAUCGGGGAGCAAGGGCGGAAACGGUGCAAAGGAUUACAUGAGCGCAGCAGCGGGAAUGAUGAGCGGCAGUGGCAGCAGCGAGCAUCCCUCGUUGCUGGGCGUACGCCUGCCACCGGACACGGAGAUCAUCAAGUAUACGUCCUCGAUUGUGGGCCCCAAAAUACCUGGUACUACAUCGCGGGGUCGCAAGAAGACUAUUUCCGAAACAGAACAACAACAGACCACACAUCAACAGAAACAACAACAACAACAACAACAACACCACCAAGCAGAACAACACCUACUCCAACAACAAUUACAACAGCAACAGCAAAAAGAGCUCGACAGCACCACAAAUGCACUCUCCUCUCUGCUUGCAUUUCCAGGUCUCAGUCCCGCGAAGCGGGCUAGACUCGAAAUGGAGUACGCGGCAAUGGCAGCAGCCGCCCAACAGCACCAGCAGCAGCAGCAGCAGCACCAACAGCACCAGCAGCACCAGCACCAGCAGCAGCAUCACCAGCAGCAGCAACAGCAACAGCAACAGCAGGCGGCAGCAGCUGCAGUGGCAGCAGCCGGAGGACUCCAUGGAAUGCUGGGAGCCGCUGGCAUGCCAAUGGGCAGUCUGUCCGGCCUCACGGGCAUGUCCAAUCCGUUGGAUCAGCUGAGUGUCACCAAGUCCAGUGCCUCGACGGUGACCAGCAAUGCCAACUCUUCGGCGUCCUCGAUGGGGCUCCACGGUCACGGCCAGGGCUCAUCGAGCGAUCGGGUGGAGGUGAUCAAGCUGCCGCCGACCAUCACCUCGAACGGCGCCUACAAUCUCUCCAGCAAGGGCAAGGAGGUGCACGAUCUGACCAGCGACCAUGCAACCCCCGGCUCGGGUGGCGUUAAUCUUAGCCUGAAGUCGGCGUCCAGUGCGUUGCCCCCCGCCGCCACUGGGGCCGUGGGCUCCGCCUCGAAUCCAAUCACCAUCGACGACUUUGAUGCGCCGCUUAAUCUGUCCAUGAAGCCCUCGGACAAGAGCAGCGGCGGAGGCCCAACGGCGUCCACUUCCACCUCCAGCUCGGCGCUGGCCAACAUGGCCAGUGAGUACCAGGCGGCUGCUCAGGGCGGCAACAGCCUGCAGUCUCUGAGCUCCAUUACGGCCGCUCUCGGCGGCAGCAGUGGGGGCAUGCCGGGUGGGUCCAUUUCGGGCAGUGGCGAUACGUCGCCGGCACCUCAACACGGAGGCGGUAGCUCGACAGGUGGAAACUCGUCGGGCGGCGGCGGCGGCGGAGGAGGAGGCGGUGGUUCUUCCUCGUACAAGGAGGGGCGUCCGCGCAAUCUGGGACGUGGAGUGUCCAAGCCCAAGAAGAAUACAGUGGCCUCCCUGCUGGCCCAGUCGCGGGCUGUGGGCCUCAAACCGAUGCUGGCCACCCAACAGCUGCUCCAGCAAGGAGCGGACAUUGAGAAGAUCCGGCUGGCAUUGAGCGAGGCCAAUGCGCACAUGGAAACAUCAACGGACUCGGAGAGCAUGGCCGCCGAGAGCGGGCUGUCGGAGUCGGAGAGCGAGGAUGCCAACAUACACAAUGUGUCGGAGCUGCGAGUGCCCCUGGACAUGGGCUGGAAGCGGGACACGGUCAUCCGAGGCCUGACCAAGCUGGGACAGAUCCGUGGGGAGGUCACCUACUAUGCCCCGGGCAGUGUGGCGCCCCUGAAGACCAUUGGACAGGUUUUUGCUAUCCUGGAGCAGCAGCCAUCGAAUCUGACGCGCGAGAACUUUAGCUUCUCCGCACGGGCCAUUGUGGGAUCGUUUCUGCAGCCAGCGCCGCCGCCGUACGCCAACGAUGGCGAGUACAUACGGAUGACCGACGAGGAUGUGGCUAAACGGCUGGAGGACCUCAAGGUGUUCACACGCCAGACACUCAAUGUGGAGCAGCGCAUCGAGAUCGCCAAGCAGCAGCAGGCGAUGCGGGAUGCCAAGAAGCUGCAGAAGGAGGAGCUGGCGCGCAACAAGGAGAAGGCGCGCCAGGAGAAGAACGCCAAGCUCGAGCAGCAGCGCAAGGAGAAGGAGAUGAAGAACCAGCAGGCCAUCGAGGAGCGCAAGAAGCGGCAGGAUGAGCUCGAUCGCCUCAAGCAGGAGGAGCUGCUCAAGAAGCAACAGGAGAAGGAGAAGCGUCGUCAGGAAGCCAUUUUAGCCAAGGAACAGGAACUGCAGAAGCAGAAGGAACUGCUGCUGGCCGCUGAAAUGGAACGCGAGCGUCGACGGCAGCACAUGAAUCUCAUACGGAUGCUGGAGGUGCGGCGCAAGUUCGAGGAGCGGGAGAAGAAGAAACAUCAGCUGGUGCUGGAUCGCCUCAUACUGCGCGAGCGCCGCAUGGCCGAGAGGAAGCGUGACGCGGAGAUCCUACAGCUGAUACGGCGACCCAACGAGGACUCGGAAAUGCUGCAGGAGAUGGCGGUGCCGGAGCUGGAGCGCAUUGCCGGCAAUCGAUUGCCGGGCCAGGCGAUGGCCGAUCUUCUGAUGGUCUUCGAGUUUCUGCACAACUUUGGCGAGACCCUCGGCUUCGACAUGGAGUCGCUGCCGUCGCUGCAGAACCUCCACGACGCCCUGAUCAGCGACAGCAAUGCGGAUGCCGAGGAGGAGCUGCUGUCGGUGAUGACGCACCUCCUGGUGUGUGCCAUUGAGGAUCCCGGCGUGCCCAAUCCCGGCCGUCACACAACGCUGCUGGGCCAGUCGCUGCGCAACGCGGACAUAACCAACUCGAAUGUGUCGGAGAUUCUGCGCAUCUACCUGUACGCCACGGCCACCGGAGAGGUGCGCCAGAUGCACGGCAUCACCGUCGACAGAGAGCGGGAGCGGCGGGUGCCCGACCACCACCAGGUGGACGCCGACACCAGCACGCACUCGGCCAAGAACCAGGAGUACUACAAGCUGCUCCACGAGAACGACACCUGGAAGCUAUCGUACGCCCUCAAGGACCGCCCCUUCGUGGCCCUGAAUCCGACGCGCAAGGCCCAGAUGUUGGCCCACCUAUGCAACGAUCUGCUGAUGAACAAGGCCGUGCUGCGGCAGAUCGACGGCAGCCUCGAGACCUGCGCCCAGAUGCGCAAGGAGAAGUACAUGACGGACAUGAAGGUGCGCAAGUACAAGGCCCUUCACAUGCGCAAGGCCCGCAUCGAGGCGUACGAGAAGGCGCAGGCGGAGCGGGAGGCGGCCAUGCACGCCCUGAUGGCCCAGCAGAAGCUAGACGCCGAGCGGCUGGCCCAGGCACAGGCGAAGCAGGCCGAGGCCGAGGCGGCAGCAGAGGCCAUGCAGGCGGCGGCUGCUGCCGAAGGAGACGACACAUCCAAGGUACCGGACAUCGAAGGAGAGGGACUUCCUGUGGAGACCAACAACGGGGAGACCAACAAGGAGGGGGAGGAUGGCAAGGACAUUCCAUCACAGCCCAUGGACGUGGAUGGCGUUGAUUGUCCGGUCAGCAAUCGGGAGGAGGCCACGCCCGCUGCACCACUCCUCGAUUCCUCGCUGGUGAGCCCCGCCAAGAGCUGCAUUUCUUCCGUGGAUUGCAUUACUCCCGGCAAGCAGAUGCCGGGACAGGACUUUGCCACGCCCACACCUACGCCAACGCCAACGCCCACGCCCACCUAUCAGCACAACGGUUCGAGUACGCCCACAACAAGUGGCCUAAAUGCGGCAGCGGGAGUGGGAGUGGGAGUGGCAACUGUGGCUGGAGGCCUCGAAAUGCAGGCCGCCCUGAUGCAGGCCAAAAAGAGCGGAGCCCGCAACUCCAUCAACGAGGAUGGCCACAACGAUGUGAGCAUCAUCGAGGACGACCUCUCCGACCUGGACUCGGAGAUCACCAAUGUGGAGGAGGACGAGGACAAUCGCCUGAGUGCCGAUGAGCUGCAAAAGAAGCUGGACAAAAUCGUGCGCGCUUCGCUCAACUGCAAGGAGGCGCUGGAGAAGAGCACCAAUCAGCUGCGUGCCGCCUGCUUUGGGCAGGAUCGCUUCUGGCGACGCUACUGGAAGCUGCCCAAGGCCGGAGGCAUCUUCAUCGAGGCCCUGGAAUCAGCCCAGAACGAUAUCUGUGACUACCACGAGGCCCUGGAGAAUAUGGACGAGAAGCAGCUGCAGAAGGAGCAGCAGCAGAGCCAGAAGCAGAUCGAGGAUGGAUCCAGAGACCAGGAGGCAGAGCCAGAGACUGAGAAGGUGGCAGCGAAGGAGGCGGAGUCAGCGACGGGCACGGUCACGGACACGGAUACGGUGUCGGUGACGGGGACAGUGCAGCCCAUGGAGGUGGAUGAAUCGCACACAGAGAUGAAUCCAGCUAUAGCCGUGGCCACAGCAGCACAGGAUCAGGAUAAUCAUCCAGAACGGAAGCGAGACGAUCAGGACGAUGGAGAGGAGGAGGAGGCGGAGGAUGACGAUGACGAUGAGGUCACCGAAGUGAACAAAAUCGAACCGGAGAUUGUGGAUCUGGGCGAUGAUGAUGAUGAUGAUGACGAAGCGGGUGCUGUGCCUCCAACGGUAGCCAAAAUCGAACCGCCCCGACCCGAAAUCAAGGUCAAGUCGGAGAUGGAGCUAAUGGGCCCGCCCACCACGAUGAUCUCCACCAAAACGGACUUCGAGGCGGAGAUCAAGAUACCCUCGAUGCCUGGCCACAUGAUUCCAACCCUCAACAACAAUAACAACAGCAUUGGCAACGACAACAACUGUGAUAAGUUGGAGGGAAUGGGCAUGGGCAUGGGUAUGGGCAUGGGAAUGGGAGCGGUGGGAGUGGGAAUGGCACAGACAUAUGGGCAGAAUCUGAUCACAUCUUCGACCAUCAAAAUGGAGGACCUGAAAAAGGAAACGUCCGACGAUUGUAUCAUUGUGUCCACCUCCAGUGGCGACGAUACGCCCAAAUGGUUCUCGAUUGUGCAGCGCGAGGUGCCGCUAAUCAGCGAACUGCCCGCGGAGGAGGGCGGUGUGGUCGCCCAGGAUCUGCAGUGGGACUAUGCGAACCAGAACUGCUAUGCCCAGCUGCAGCUGCAGGGCCAUCCGUGGGACCUGAUCAACAACGUGCAGUACUACUCGAUACCGAUGGAGGAGUGCAAGGUGGAUCCGGGGAAGCUGGCGCAGGAGUGCAUCUUCUCGCUGAGCGGCCUGGACGAGCGCCAGAUGCAGGCCAAGCUGGAGGAGUACGAGGCCAAGAUCAAGAUCAAGUGCACAGUGCCAAAAAACGGUCUGGAGUCUCCUCAUCGCCCCCUCGUGACGACCGAUGAUGAGGAGCAGGAGAUCAAGUUGAAGCCGGAUGCCGACGAAGAUGGACAGAUGGAUUUGGAUGCGGAGGCGGACGCUGAAGCGGAACCAGAUGCGGAUGCUGAAACGGACGCUGACGCUGAGGCAGAUGGAGAUGCGAAUGCGGAGAAGGACAACGAGCACGCCGGCAAGGACAAGUUUUUUCGUUUGCGCACUGAUGUCCCCCCGGACACGGGCGGGGGAGAAGGGGCACUUGAGGACGGAACAGAUGCCCCAGAGCUAAAGCCGAAGAUUGAGCUGAGGCUGGAUGAGGCCCUGUCGCAGGCCUACUACCACAACAUCGCCAACAUGUCGCUGAGCAGCGUCCAAACGUACAUCCCCAUCGACAUUCCCCUGCCCCUGUCCAUGACGCCCGACGAGCACCGGCUCCUCGAGCAGGUGAAGCUCUCCGGCUUCCCGGACAAAGUGCACGGCGUGUACGUGCCGCAACGCCAGCGCUACGGCUGGUGGCAGCUCGACGACGAGCAGAAACUGCGCCAGCUCCUAAAGACCCUGAAUCCGUCGGGGCUGCGGGAACGGGAGCUGCAGGAGAACCUGACGCGCUUCCUCACCCUGGAACAGCCGCUCGGAGUCAACUACCAGCUCCAGCCGCUGGAGGCCCACAUGGUGGAGUACCUGCUGCCGGACAGGCCGCACGACUGGAACCCCAAGGUGGCCAAGCGGGUGGAACUGGCCCUGCUCGAACAGCUCGAGUCGCUGGAGGACAAGGUGGCCAGCGCCUCGAUGCAGCUGAAGAACUGGCAGGUGCCCAAUCGCGUCGAGGGCGAGCAGAGCCUGCCGGAGCCGGAGGAGGUCAGCGAGGAGGACUUUAUCAGCAUCAUUCCCAUGAUCCGGGAGCGGAUCAUCGAUCUGGAGGCCAACAUUGAGCGGCGCUACCUGAAGCCGCCGCUCGGCUCCCAGACUGGCGAUGCCCACCUGGCCGUGAUUGCCCAGAACCAGCACACCUCCACCCAGACCCAGAACUCGGCCUCUGCCGCGGCCUAUCUGCUUCAGAUGCAGCAGCAGCAGUUGGUCCAGCAGCAGCAGCAGCAGCAACAGCAACAGCAUCACCAGCACCAGCAACAACCGGGAGGAAACAGUCUCAAUCCCUCAUCCUUCAACGAGCGCACCAUGGCCCUGGCAGCAGCCGCCGCGGCUGCCGCGCCCAACUCCAGCAACGCCUCCGGCUGUCCGGGCGAGUCUGGCAGCGUGGAGCCCGUCUCUGGCAACGUCUCGCCAGCCAGCAACUGCGACAGCGACAGGGACGAGAAGGUGGAGAACAUACCCAAGGGCCUGGUGCAGUGGCGGGAUGCAGUGGCCCGGUCCCACACCACGGCCCAGCUGGCCAUGGCCCUCUACGUGCUGGAGUCCUGUGUGGCGUGGGACAAGAGCAUUAUGAAAGCGUAUGCAACAAGAAGCAAGUCGAGCAAGAAGAGCAGCGCCAAGAAGCAGGCAACACCCAACAAAAAGAAGCAGCAGCAGCAGAAGAAUAAGAACAAGAAGAAGAAGAAGCAACCCACGCCACAGAAAACAACAAAAACGGAACCGCCACCGCCCCCGCGGACACCACCAAAGGAACAAAAGCAUCAAAAACAACAGUCCCUGAGCAUCAAAAUCAAUCUUAAGGCUCUCGCCAAGGCAGCGCAAAACGGACAAUCCCCCCCAGCCCAACCGCCUUCCCUGUCGCCCUCCCCUAGCGAAGAUGAAGACUCUCGCACGGACUCUGACUCGGACUUUGGGGCAAAAACGACGACCACGACCACGACCACGACCACGACAAAGACAAAAACACGCAAACGUCGACGCUCGGCCACAACCACAAACUCUAGCAAAUAUUCGAAUUCCUUACAGAAUUGCCAGUUCUGCACCUCGGGCGAGAACGAGGAUAAGCUGCUCCUGUGCGAUGGCUGCGACAAGGGCUACCAUACGUACUGCUUCAAGCCCAAAAUGGACAACAUACCCGAUGGCGACUGGUACUGCUACGAGUGCGUGAACAAGGCCACCAAUGAGCGCAAAUGCAUCGUGUGCGGCGGCCAUCGUCCCUCGCCGGUGGGCAAGAUGAUCUACUGCGAUCUGUGUCCGCGGGCCUACCACGCCGACUGCUACAUCCCACCGCUGCUGAAGGUGCCGCGCGGCAAGUGGUACUGCCACGGCUGCAUUGCACGGGCCCCGCCGCCCAAGAAGCGGAGUGGCGGCACCAGCAGCAGCAGCAGCAAGUCGCGUCGCGAUCGCGAUGCCAGCACAGCCGCCAAGCGGCGCAACGACAAGCCAGGACUACCAGGGCCAGUGGGUGCCACCAGCAUGGAGCACUUGCCCCAAAUGGGGGGAGGGGACGCGCAGCACCAGCUGCAACAGUCGCUGAAUUCGUCGCACGACGAGUCCAUGACAUCGCUGCCGCCGCCUUUGAGUCCGGCGCAUUCGGUUGCCUCGGCCACGUUCGAGGAUCAGCAGCACACCAACUCAAUCGACAGCAGCCGUUUCCAGGCGCAUCUGGGCAACAGCAACAGCAACAACAACGGGGUCGUGCCGCUGCCCGAGGAAGUGGCUAUCGCUGCGACCGGCUACCCGGUCUAUCCGCCAGCCAGCGCCUUUGCCGCUGGUCUGGUGAACCCCACAGGACCCACAGCUCUGCCCAUACUUCCCGUACCCCAUGGACCGAUGCAGUUCAGCAACGUGGCCAUGUCGCCACGGGCUGUGACGCCAACCCGAACGCCUACGCCGACACCGGCGCCGACACCACCGCCACCCGGGCCACUGCAUCCGCCCGUGCCCACAUCGACGACACCGCUGCUCAUGCAGGCCUCGCCGACGGCCCUAAACGCCAUCUGCCAGUCGCCGCCGCAUCAGCAGCCGAUGACCAUGCCCUCGCCGCGUGCCUGCACACCCACACCACCCACGGUGGGAGCGGCAGGGGGAGUGGGAGUAACGCAAAUGUCACCGCCGCCCAUCAAUAUACAUGCCAUACAGGAGGCCAAGGAGAAGCUUAAACAGGAGAAGAAGGAGAAGCACGCGACCAAGAAGCUCAUGAAGGAGUUGGCCGUUUGCAAGACGCUCCUGGCCGAAAUGGAGCUUCACGAGGAUUCGUGGCCAUUUCUGUUGCCCGUGAACACCAAACAGUUUCCCACUUAUCGCAAAAUUAUCAAAUCUCCCAUGGACCUAUCCACCAUUAAGAAGAAGCUCCAUGAUUUGAGCUACAAGGCACGCGAGGACUUUUGCGUGGAUGUGCGACAGAUCUUCGACAACUGUGAAAUGUUCAACGAGGAUGAUUCGCCUGUGGGAAAGGCGGGGCACGGCAUGCGCAAGUUCUUCGAGUCCCGCUGGGCAGAGAUGACCGAGAAGCACUCCUGAUCGUAUCCGCAGCUCCAGCUUGCCACCAGCGGCAGCUCCACACCGGAUCCCAUAGAUAUAGUGAUACCAGCGGCGGAAACAAACGCCGAAGCAGCACAAUUUUGGCCAAGAGAUUAGGACUAGAGCAGAGAAGGAUGAGCAGGAGGCAUACAAUUGUAUAUAAUUAUAGAGGGAUAGCCGAUACAAGCAAACACACACACAAGAAGCAUUAUUAUAUUUAUAUAUAGUACGAUUAGAUAUAUCUAUAUAUAUAUAUAGCCCACGUCCUACGCUGUUCGUUGACGAGACCUUUGCAAGAGAGCCUCGAAUGUCCUCCCCAGUAGCCAGGCGAACAAGCGCGUGCCAGCAACAAAAUUGUAUCUAGUUGAUUAAGCAUCCACGAAAGCAAGGAAACAAAACAGUGAAGCAGUAUAAAACAUAACUAUUAGCCAACAUAAUCGAGCAGCUCCUAAAUAUAGCUAAAAUCGUUUAAGAAGCCAUCCACAGUACAGACGCGACUCUCUGACAAAAUGAACGUACAAAAUGAAACUAUGUCGCCCCCGAAAAAACCAAACCCCCCCCCCAUUCAAUCAAUCGAUCCAUCAUUCGAACAGUAUUUUGUGCACUCUGUGCAGCUCUGCGUCUCGCUUUGUUUUACACAAUUUUAAAACGUAAUAAUUUUAACUCUUAAUUUAAAUUGUAAUUGUAACUGUAAUUGUAAUUGUAUUUGUAUUUGUAUCUGUAAUGUUUUAUGUUUAAAGCUGACAUCAACGAAGCGCUCAUUUAAGUUUUAACGUGUAUUACUGUAUUGUACUUAUAGCCACUCCGACAAUUGUAUUUAAACAUAUAUACACAUACCUAUGUAUUAGCAUUAAAAUUAACAUUAAUAUUAACUAGAGAGAGCCUUAAUCUGGCAGCGGAGCGGACUCAAAUAUACUCAAAAGGGAUGGCAGUGCGUCACAGAUCGAGAGUUGUAAAUGAAUGUGAAACGAAGGCAACAUACAAUUAAAUUAAAUUGAAUGUAUUAAAUUAUAUUCUCUGUGUAAAUUUUCCACAA